GGUUGCAGGGCGUCAGAUGAUGAGUCCCAGCACCCGCAGUAAUGACACUCUCAGCGGCGUCUCGUCUCUCGCACAGAGCAAACACUCGAGCUCUUCACACAGCAUCGCCUCUAUGCGAGUUCCCUCCUCUCCCAACCAAUCAGUGAACACUGGGACGCCGUGGGAGGCGGAGCCAGUGGCAGAGGAGCCGGGAGUCGGAGAGGAUACCAAUGUGGAGAACCUCUAUCUCAUGGGGAUGGAGCUGUUUGAGGAAGCCCUGCGCAAGUGGGAACUGGCUUUAAACAUCAGACACAGAGCUCAUUCCCGUGCAUCUGGGUCAAACAGUCUCGUCCCGCAAGGAUCAGAGCUUGUGGAGCGUCAUUCGCCUGAGCUUCACAAUCAUGAGUUUGCAGAGAAGCUCGAGUCUCUGCUGCACCGAGCCUAUCACCUACAGGAAGACUUCGGCAGCACCAUCCAGCCCGACAGCCUCCUCGCUGACCUGGAGAGUGAAGCAACCCUGAUCCUGCCCACACUAGGGAGUUACCAUCCCAUCCAAGACGACGAUGCCACGACAGUCACUUCUGACGACUCGUUUGUCUCUGCUGCUGAGUUGUUUGAGACGUUCUCUCUAGAGGACACGUAUCACCCGCUGAAGCCAGCAGCUCUGUAUGAAGAAGCCCUGAGUUUGGUGAAGGAUGGAAGCGUGGGCUGCAGAUCACUGAGAACUGAACUUCUGGAGUGCUACAGCGAUCAGGACUUCCUCGCCAAACUGCACUGCGUUCGUCAGGCUUUCCAGGUGCUGCUGCUGGAUGAAACACACAGGAUGUUCUUCAUGGAUACAGGGAAGCAGAUGAUAUUGGGACUCCUGGCCAAAGCCAACAAGAGUCCGAAGGCGUUUCUGGAGAGUUAUGAAGACAUGCUGCAGUACACGCAGAGAGAAGAGACGUGGCCCGUCACCAAGAUGGAGCUGGAAGGACGAGGGGUGGUCUGUAUGAACUUCUUUGACAUUGUGCUGGACUUUAUCCUCAUGGAUGCGUUUGAAGAUCUGGAAAGUCCGCCGUCUUCAGUGGUCGCGGUCCUGAGGAACCGAUGGCUCUCGGACAGUUUCAAAGAGACGGCAUUGGCUACAGCCUGUUGGUCUGUGCUAAAAGCCAAAAGGAGAUUGUUAAUGGUUCCCGACGGUUUUAUUGCCCAUUUCUAUGCCAUCUCUGAACAUGUGAGUCCAGUUUUGGCUUUCGGGUUUCUGGGCCCCCGGCAGCACCUCAGUGAGGUGUGCACCAUAUUCAAGCAACAGAUUGUUCAGUAUCUGAAGGACAUGUUUGAUCACGAUAAGGUGCGUUUCACGUCCGUCCCGUCUCUGGCCGAAGACAUCCUCAGUCUGUCCCACAGACGGGCGGACAUCCUGGUGGGUUACCUGGGCAUUGACAGUCUACCUGAGACCAACGGAGCUUUACCCAAGAGCCCCUGCCAAGCCAACAGCGGACAGCAGGACUGAGGUGCACAAUACUAAUCUAGACCUGUUAGUUUCGAAAGACACCAGGUCUCAUUAGCUAUUCGUCAUCGUCGACCAAUCAACGUGACUAUAAAGAGCAUUCGUUUAAAAGAAAUUGAUUAUUUAGACAGAUAAACCAAUACUGACUCAUCCGAGGUCAACCGAGGCCUUUUCUUGAUCUGCUUCUGCAAAUUUGCCCCCGAAUAUCCAUCGCUGCUAUUUAGACACCUUAAUUUUAAACCCCCCCCCCCGACGCUUUGGAAACACUUUCUUUCCAUCGUGACCUAGAGGAACUGAGUAAAACCGUCUUUUAGCCAAACUUGCAGCCUGGAUUUGAGUUGCAGCUCUUCUGAAUCGACCGAUGCCUCUUACGCCGAAACGCUAGGUUUCGUUUGUUUUAUGGGACGGUUUGCAGAUUUUUGUGUGCCGUUGAGCAAUUUAUGUAUGUGCCAAUGGCCAAGUAAAGUCUUGCACUGAAUCUUGGGUAGCACUGAACACAAUGGAGACAAACAACCGAGACUAGAUUUAGUGCAAGUCUCUCCACACGUUUUGGCAGUUUCGAUGAGAGACUCGCACAGGAAGUGCAUCAUUCAAGAGUAAAACAGGAUGUAGUGUCACAUCAGCCGAGCUCACUUGUGUCCUUUGAGAGCUUCUGCAGCCCUUGUGGUUUGCUUUGUAAGUUGCAUUUGUUCUCACCCUCACAACAUAUCAGUCACAGUGUUCAUCAGAGCGAUAUUUAGUAGUCUGUUGGUGUGUUAUAUUUUCUGUCAUCAUACUUCGUUCAUGAUUUAUGCACCUUGUUUUUGUCCUCCAUCAAUAUUCAGGACUAAAAUCGCCAAUUACCUACAAUUCUAUUAUAUUCAUUAUGCAUUAUAAAUUCAAUACAGCAGAGGUAUUGAGUCACAAUUGUAGAGUAAUUGUAACUGUAGAGCAUAAAUGUGCUGUAACUUGUCAUUUCAGUCCUUUACGCUCUGGUUGUUAACAUCUGUGCCAUUGUGAUCAUUUCGACGCCAAUGUGAUUUUUGAAAACAAACAAAAAGAUGCAUUAUUCCUUUACUCUUGAAGGCUAUGGUGAAAAUCACCUCAGAUUCAGUUAAAGUGGAUUUGUUUUUUGUUUGCGAGUUAUUUAUUCUAUGAAAUAUUGUAAUAGUAUACAUUUUUUCUAUGACAAUGGCACAGAUGCUGUUGAUAGUGUUUCAAUUGCAUUCAUCCCAUGAGAAAAUGUAAACCAAGCAACUGAACAGCAUCUUGCAGGCCUUUUGAUUGGUCAAACAUGUAGUCAUGAAUUUCACCAGCAAAAACAUAUAUUAGCAAGCAAAAUGCAAGUGAAUAAUUUUAGAAAAUAAGGCAAAUUCUGGUCAUUUUAAAAUGGAUAUGCAUGAAAUGCCUAAAACAAUCCUCAAAAUUGCUGAGCCUUUACGAAACUUGACCAUGCUCCUUAAUUGUUCACAGGAGGCGUUUGUGAAAUUAGGUAUUAGGAUUGUUAUAGCGUUUCUUUCCUCCUCAUAUUGACUAUUUAAAACUGGUUCCGCCAGUGUUGGGUGUCUUGCACUUUAUUUGUUUAAAACAUAUAUACAGAUGUUAAUUUUCUCUAUUUUUAUCACAAUAAUAGAGUUGUUAAUUAGCUUUUAUGUAGUGCAUUUGAAAAAAAAAAAAUUCUGUUUCAUUAAAUGUAAUUAUUUUUUUUUUGACAUGUGUAAUUUAUAUGACAACUGAAAUGUAAACGUAUUUAAAAUAUCAAGCUGCAAAUGUGAACGGUUGAGUUUUUUUUCUCAUUUAAAAAGGUGGCAAAGACAUUGGUUAUAACUUGACAGUUGAAGUAUAAGGAUGAUAUACUUGAGGGAUUAUGAGUGAUUGGUUGUGCCUCAAUAUAUUCUUAUUAAAUGUGCUUCGAAUACACAAGUGCAUACACACUAUUAGAUCUCUGCCCUGCUUAAAUUAAAA